AUGCACAGAGCGAUUAGGUAUAGUAGGUGUCUCGCGUCCUCCAGGUUGGGGUCCGAAAGACUCCACAUUGAAGGAUGUGGCAGCGAACUGACAGCAGUGGCAUUCUACUUUCUCACCAGGCCAGAUUGCUUGAAGCGGUACCUAAACAAUCAACUGAUUUCCUCCGUCGAACGCUUGCCGCUGACAACCGGUGGCGCUCCUAUUGUCAUACGAGGAAAGAAUUUCCGUGUCAUUCGGCUGAUCAUUCCACGUGAACGCGAUUGUCACAAUGUGUACACGACGAUCAAGCGUCUUAUGACAUCAAAAUCGAACUUGCAAGGCAGCAGGGCGGUGUGCGAAAACCACCUGCUAUUGAUGGCCAGUGGCCAGUUAAUCGGGUCAUACGUCUGUGAUACUUACCCGACUCUCCUAUGUGUACCCUCGACUGCGUCGAAAGGUAUGCUAAAAGCCAGUGCCCGGUUUCGCAGUCGUGGUCGAUUCCCGGUGCUUACUUACCUUCACUCAAAUGGCAAAUCUGCACUUUGCCGAUCCAGCCAACCUCUGGCUGGUUUUUCCUCAAAAUCUAUGGAGGAUCAGUUUCUGCUAGAAGCAAUCCGUCAGGCCAAUCCGUCUUGUACCGUGUUGUACGUGGUGGACACGCGACCCGCUCUGAAUGCUUUGACAAACAAGGCCCAGGGCAAAGGGUAUGAAGAUACCACUGUGUAUCGGAAUAUUGCCAUUCAGUUUUUUGACAUUGAGAAUAUCCAUGUUGUGCGUAACUCACAGGAAAAACUGCUAAAAGUCUGUCAGGAACCUGCAAUACCACUGGAGCAAUAUCAUCAAGGUCUUGAAAAGUCUGGAUGGUUCCGACAUUUGCGAAUCAUACUAGAAGCGGCAUUUUUUGUGGCCAACCGUUUAAAUGAGGGCAACUCAGUCCUUGUUCAUUGCUCGGACGGUUGGGAUCGAACUGCUCAGGUCUGUUCGCUAGCCCAAAUCGUUCUGGAUCCUUACUAUCGCACAAUUAUCGGACUAGAGAAGGAAUGGAUAUUUUUCGGUCACAAGUUCACCGAACGUUGCGGUCUCAUCAGUGUCAGUGACCAGCGUGAAGCUUCGCCAAUUUUCUGUCAGUUCCUUGAUUGCGUGCAUCAUUUGAUCGAGCUGUGUCCAACCAAGUUUGAGUACAACUCCAGUUUGUUAUCACUGCUCCAUGACGAAGCCUACGGCGCACUCUACGGCACAUUUGUCGGUUGCAGUGAAAAAGAACGUCAAGAUUUGGGUGUUUCAGACCUGACUUAUUCCGUCUGGCCUCUGAUUGACCAUCGCGGGAAUGAAUUUAUGAAUCCGUACUAUGAACAUGCGGAUCAUUUGGCACAUGCUCUGGGCGGAUCGAUCGCCGCGGACAAUCUGCUGCUGGACGGAGUCGCGAACGGAAUCGAAUUGACUGUGACGACUGGCGGGAAUUCACGUCAUGCGGUCGAUAUGCUUCCUAGUUUUGUUUUAGCUCCGCAGUUAUUCAAGUGA